UAUAUUUAUAUCACGAAGAUACAAAAUUUUAUUAUCCCGUUGAGAUGGACUAAUGAAACAUUAAAUAUGAGUGGUUAAAAAUUCAAGUUGAUCUGACUAAAUAGAAAGAAAAAACCCUUAAAUCAUCCAAAUAGCCUCAUCGACCGACUUUUAUAACUCUUCAACUCAUAAAUUAUAUAACCCAAAAAAAAAACCAUAUAAUUAAACAAUCCAAAAACUCACCACUCAACUUCAUUCCAGUACUCGACUAACUCGAACCUCAAAUUCUGGGUGGCAACCGACAAUUUAGUUUGAUUUGCUGCUCGCCAACACUUAACUAACAACAUGAAGGUCUCCAAAAAGUGAAAUCCUUUAUUAUUGCCCUGCAAAGGACGUUUCGUGGCAGCACCGACACACCAAACAACCAAACCAGACAUUAUUAACUACACCAAUAUAUAUAUAUGUAUAUGUAUCUUCUUCUCACUCUUCAUGAAUGAAGUUCAGAGGUGUCCGGCAACGCCAGUGGGGCUCCUGGGUAUCCGAAAUCCGACACCCUUUGCUGAAGAGGAGGAUUUGGCUGGGGACGUUCGACACUCCGGAGGCGGCGGCGAGGGCGUACGACCAGGCGUCCGUGCUCAUGAGCGGACAAAAUGCCAAGACCAAUUUUCCGGUCCCGGCUGCGGCUGCGGGGGAAGGCCUAGAAGACAGCCGGCCGGAGGCGUCUCCGGAAGCAAUGUCCACCAUUCUCAGCGCCAAGCUCCGGAAAUGCUGCAAAGAGCCGUCGCCGUCGGUGACUUGCUUGAGGCUCGACACUGACAGCUCCCACAUCGGAGUUUGGCAGAAGCGGGCCGGGCCGGGUUCGGUCUCGAACUGGAUUGUGAAAGUCCCGCUAGGAAGGAAUAUGGAGAAGAGAGAUGGCAUGAUGGUUGGCGGGUCCUCGUCCUCCUCGUUUUCUUCUUCUUCUUCUUCUUCCUCGCAGGUGACGUCUCAGGCCGAGGCCGGCGGCGAUCAGAUGGAUGAGGAGAAUAGGGUUGCCAUGCAGAUGAUCAAAGAACUUCUCAACUGGAACCCUGCAACAGCAGUACCAAAUGGAGUUGACGUCGAGGAAGGGAUAUUUCCCUCUCUUGUAUGAAUGUUAAUGGCGGCCGGGUGUUUCAGAAUUAGGGUUUUGCUGGAAGUGACUGUAAUCUGCAGAAGACGACAAGGACGACGACGACUAGGAGAAUCAGCUUCUUAUUGUAAAAAUAUAAUCAGUUCGUAAUAUGUAUAAUAUGAAAGUAGAACUAGCUAGAAGAAGAAUAAUUAAUGGUGACACAUGCAGCAGCAGGGAUAUGUACGUAUAGGAUUAUACUAAUUGUAUAAGAUUAGCAAAUAAUUAAUUAUGUA